UGCUGUCUUAUCUGUAGCUCAGGAGCUCGAAGCCCCGAUAGCAAGCUGAUAGCCGCAGCGAUAGAGCGCGCACUGCCGCUCGCCGCAGCCAGUCGAUCCACGAUCUGUCACCUGGACGCCACAUCCUAGCGAAGCUCACCCGCCCGCAACAUCAUGCAGUCCACGGCCCUCGUCCUCGUGGCCCUUGCCAGCCUGUUGGCUCAUGGACUGGCUGACCAAACCGAAAUCAAGAUCAUAGAGAGUGAGCGAGCGCCCGCCGAGCCGAGCCUCAGCGACAGCACUGAGCACGCGCCGAUCGCCGACGCUUCAAAGCCAGCGGGCCCAUUGAUCGAGCAGCCAUCCAACACGCCUGCGAGUGAUGCAUUAGCGACUUCGACGGCAGCGACCGCUACGAGUUCCACGGAGAGUACCGAGCCCAUCGCCGAAGAUACGACAACCGUGCUGGUAACAGACAAGAGCGAAUCGCCCGAACCGUUUGCGACAACGACGAAAAUUUCGACAACGACGACGACGACGACGACGAUGACGACGACGAUGACGACCUACGCUGCUACUUCGGAGAUGACAAAAGGCGUGGAAACGACGACACAGACGAUGAGGAGCACCCCGGAGAAAGUUGUGCAGUCGGCGAUGGCGGCGGACAAGCCGGACGCUGGAAUGUCCUCGGGGUUCAUCGCGCUGGUCAUGGCCAUAGCCUUUGCCAUAGCCGUCGUCAUUGUUUACGCUGGACUGCUGCUUUGGAGGCGUUACCUCGAAUAUCGAUAUGGAAAUCGAGAAUUGCUAGUCAAUGACCUUGAAUUCGACACUAAUGAUCUGCGUCACUUCGAGCUUUGAUCGAACACGUACACUGACGCGUGCAUUCGCUCCGAGCAUCUCGAGCAUUAAGAAGCCCAGCAAAACUGAUUACUUUGUGAUAUUAGAUAUGAUUAUAUCGUACUACACCGCCGGCGACUACCGGAAUUCUUCGGGCGUGUGCAUCGCAUGCGUCUCGGGGACUUACUUGCAGUCUGUUCUUAAGAGAAACCUUAAUUUUUCCACGCCAAAUGAGAUUUCGCGCUAAAGGUGAAUGGCUUUUACGCGAUCAAACACGCUGUACGCGACAAUGCAAAUAUUUAGAUUGAUCAGUUUUCGAACAACGUCAUAAGUAUUAAUAUUAAGUUAAAGUAAGAUUAUUUUAUAUACACCGUAUAUCAUAACAGAUUCAAAUAUUUUUAGACAUAAAACGUUUUUACGCAACAGAUCGUAGAACUAAUUGACGUUAUUCCUAGCGCUAUUUAUUCUAAUUAUGUGUUUACAAGAAUUAGAGCAUUUAACGUUUCAACAAGAUAUUUGUAAUUUUUAACUAAUCCUACUUAUCCAAAUGCAACAGAUCGCCGAAGAUGUCACAUAUGCCAAAAAAUUGUAACAAAUAACGACUAUGUACAUGUUUUUCAUUUUCAAGAGUCUAUAUGCAGUUGCCAAAAUGAAGUUGUAUGAAACUUGAAUUUGAAAAAAUACCUCUUCGGCAAGUCAAUUAAGCUGAAUGAAAAA